AUGUUGAUGUUAUUGCCCCCAGAAGUUCUUGAAAGUAUUUGCGAAAAGCUCAACGGCUGUGAUCUCAAACAUCUCUCACUAACAUCAAGAUGGGUUCACAAAGCAACCUUUCGCCAACUCUGGCGCUCCGUCACAAUCCUCCCCCGUUCUCCAAGAGAACGUCACUGUAUCACGCCUUUUGGUCCUCCACAACAAUGUCUACAGUCAACAAGAGAACUUCGCUUCGAAGCAGAUGCAAUGCAUUGCGUUCACGCGCAUGACUGUCUGGGAUACAUGGGGAAGUGGCUUGACAAAGAUCCUCUAAUGCAUGAUACUUGGGAGGAAAGAAGUGAUAGCUUUGGAUAUGAGCGUGGUAGGCUUGUGCGCGUCAAGUAUGAGUGUCUUGCGCAGAGGACUAUGGCAAUGCUGAGACGUUUCGAUGAUGGCGAACUGGAGGCGUUCGACUGGAGCUAUACGACUUGCAUCCCAUCAGAAGUGCUUGAAUACUUGAGUAUCAAACACCCAUCCAUACAAAGUCUCAGUUUUACAACAGAUCCAUUCUGUAGUAGAUUCAACCGCUGGAGCAGAACAACAGACCUGAACCUUUCUGCGUUCCAUAAUAUUCGACGUUUUAGCUGGAAAGCUCCGAUGGGAUGUCACUUCGCCACUAUCUCCAAUCUGGUCCAGACAAAUGCUGAGCAUUUGGAAGAGCUGGAAGUCAACUUGCAAUCUUGGUCUCGACAGUGGGAGGAUAGAGAAACCAGGGUUGUUUGGCGGACUGAUUCAGAUGAGUGGGAUAAAGUACCCGCGAGCACGAUGUUGGCGCGAGAGAUGUUUGGUCUCGAUUUCGACGCAGCUACGAGAACUUGUUUCCCGAAGAUGCGCAGCUUGAAACUCACCAGAGUACCCUUGAGAGAUGAGGCGGCCAAUAAAACAGUCACUGCAGCAUCCAUCAACCUUGCGGGACUAACCUCAUUAAAACUGAUAAUGUGCCUAUACUGGACACUGUUUCUACAGGACAUGGCACAGUCUCCGACACCGAUUCAAGUCAAGUCCUUAGAGAUCCUCGACUUUUACCUCCAGACACCAAAUGUAACUUCGACCAAGAAAGUAACCGCCAUCACAGACUUUCUCGACUCUUUCAAUGGGCUUGAAGAACUAUUCAUCAGCCAUUGCGGUCCAACACCAGUCCUUGAAUUCUGGAAACACUUGGAAAGACAUGCCCCGACGUUGAAAGCGUUUGUGCAUCACCAGAGGAUCACGGAUCUUGAUGAAGAGCUCUUGCUCUCGCGCAAUGGAAAGGAUUUGGAAGAUCCUGCUAUAUCCCUGACGGAUCGUGGUAUUAUUGGACAAGAUCCGACUCGAAAUCCUCUUUGGAGAUUGAAUCUUGAGUUUAUUGGGUUGACUUGUGCGCCGGAGUACCUAAGAGAUAUUCUACUUCCCUUUGUGUCGAAGGGUUCACUUAAAGUGCUACAUAUUCGCAGCACGGGCGCAAAUGUAGGAACCUACCCGCCAUCUGUUUUCGACAACGCCUUGGACUCGAGAAUCACCGACGCCGAACAAAACGGUGAAAUUAUUGACAAAAACGUCGGAGAUAAUGACCUCGACUCUCAAUCAAAAGACGAAAUUAAGAUUAGUCUUCAAUACAUCUCUGUCGCUAUCAGAGAAAGAGAAGAGUGGAAAACACCGCCUCUGCGACAGUCGUCACGAGACUUUGCAGAUUGGGUCUUUGGUCCAGAUGGAAUCACGUCUCUUGAAUAUAUCGUUGCAGGUGAUCUUUCACACGGGAGUAGAUACUCCGAGAGGAACGCACUCAUAUGCAGAUCUGCUGAAUGGGGGAGGAGGUAUCGUGUCAUCAGUCAGAAGACUGGCGGAGAGGAAUGGGUUGACGUGAAGACCAGGUUUGGGAGAGCGCUGGAAGCUUGCCCUGUUGAGAAUAUUGUACCGGAGUAUAAUUAG